AUGGCCCAACCCGUAGAACCUAUCCAAAAGCGCCGCCUCUUGCGGAUGACUGUGUCGCAUUACCGCCAACCAAACGUCAGUGAAGAGGAGUUUCAUCGCUGGGUUACAGAGAACCAUGCUGUGGCCGCGGCCAAGCUUCACGCCAAGAAUGGCAUCGAGGGAUUUUCUGUGUACUUCACUCCCAAGUCAUUCCGAGAUGCUACACAAGAGCUAAAUGCCAAACGCGGCAAUCCAUGGGUUGUCCGGGACUAUGAUGCCCAAGUCGAGUUUCUAUUUCGGGACAUGGAGACCUUUUACAAGGGGGCAUCUGAUCCAGACUUCCAGGCGCUGCAGCUUGAGGAGAAGCCCUUUGUCAGUGGGAUCCACGCAGAAAUCAGCAUCGGCUGGGUAGAAACGUAUGUCCAGGAUGGAAAAGUGGUGAAUGUCGGUGAAGACGGGAAGAGCGACUAUCCAAAGUUCAAGGACCUCAGUGUUGCACCAUAA